AUGUGGCACCAACCCCUCCAGCCUGACUCAACCCUAACCAAGGCCCACACUCCAGGAAAAAAAAGUGAAAACAGCACAGAAGCCCAGCUUGUCCCUUGCUCACUGGCUGCCGCGUGCAGAGCUCUUGUACCCGACACUUUUGGACCAGAGCUCCGAGUGCAAGAAGGCUGCACCCGACACCUGGGCUCCACGUGCAGAAGCGCUGCGCACCGCAGUGAGAUUCAAGAUGGUGGUGGCAGGCGGAGUGCAGAGACGCUGCGUGGGGCGCUGCACCCCACCAGGAGCGCCAUCCCCAACAGCUUCAGAGGUAGGAACAUGAAACUCGACAGAUCUGAUUAA